AUGCUAGCUGAAGGAUGUUUCAAUUUUGUCUCUACAGGUUGCAGUGUUGUUAUUGCCUCUCGUAAAUUUGACCGAUUAAAAGCUGCUGCAGAAGAACUGAAUAAUGCAUUUUCUUCCAGGAGUCCUGCCAAGGUGACUCCCGUACAGUGCAAUAUCCGCAACGAAGAUGAGGUAGAAGCUUUGGUGAACUCUACACUGAAUCUUCAUGGGAGGAUUGACUUCCUGGUGAAUAAUGGAGGGGGCCAGUUUGUGAGUCCUUCUGAAGCCAUCCGUGCAAAAGGCUGGGGUGCUGUGAUAGACACGAACCUGACAGGCACCUUCUACUGCUGCAAGGCAGUGUACAACGCCUGGAUGCAGGAACAUGGAGGAGUCAUUGUCAACAUCACUGCUGCCAUGAGAAAUGGGUUUCCUGGAAUGUCGCACACAGCAGCUGCAAGAGCUGCAGUGAAUAACCUUACCAAGAGCCUAGCUUUAGAAUGGGCCCACAGCGGAGUGAGAAUCAACAGCAUUGCUCCUGGACCAGUAUUUUCAGAAACUGCUGUCGCGAAUUAUGGAGAACAAGGCACAGUGAUGUGGUUGAAGUUCAUACCAAAGAUUCCUGCCAAGAGGUUUGCGGUUCCUGAGGAGAUCUCUCCUGCAGUGUGUUUCCUACUGUCUCCAGCUGCCUCUUACAUAACAGGGAUAACCAUGGCCGUGGAUGGAGGCCAAAGUUUAUACAGCCAAAUCCUAGAAAUACCUGAUCACAACAGAUGGCCAUUGCCACCAGAAGGAAAAAAUACUGACAUGCUUAAAAAGUUUCUUUCUCCCAAGUUCAAGCCAAAGCUCUAA